AUGUUAAAAAUUUAAAGAUCUAAAAGUUGUGAUGCAAUUUUAAUAACUUUGAAAAAUCUUGAUAAAGGGGAUAAUUAAUCAUAAUUAUCUUUUAGAGUCUAUGAUAACUCAACAGUGUUUGAUUUAAUAGUUCACAUCUAGAAAACUCAACAAGUAGAAGUUUAAAUAUAAUUAUAUUUUGAAUAAAAUGUCUAGUUUAUGGGAGAUAUGAAUUAAUAUAUAAUAGACAUUAUAAAAAGAACAAGAAAUCGUAGUUUUGGAUAUCGAAUAUAUUAGUAAUAAUUCUAAUCGAAAUCAGAGUCUCUAAAAAUCAAUUAAUAAGGACAUUCUGAAAUUCAAUACUAAAAAAGAAUAAUGGCUACUUAAAUUCCCAUUUAAUAAUACUCUUAUGAAAAUUUUACUUAUUCCCAAUUAUAAAAUAAAUUUGAUCAAAAUUCAAUUAAAAAUAAAGAAAAUUAUCCUGACCAGAAUGACGAAAAUUUAUUAUAAGCAUAGAAUAAUUAGGAUCAAUACUAAUAAUUCAUGAAUCUAUCAGAUAAACAAAAAAAUUUGGCAAUAAAUGAAUAAUAGUAAAAUAAUUACGAUGGAUAAAAUAUGUACAUUCUUAACGCUAUUUAGGUUUCAAAAUAAAGCUUUUAAAGAGUUGGAAUUCGAGAAUCAAACUUUACAAUAAUCUAACCAAAUUUUAGAAAAUAAAAUUCAAUAGUUGAUUCAAGAAAAUAGUAAAUUUUAAUCUGAAAAUCAAUUUUUAAAAAAUAGAUCAAACUUUUUGUAAGGAAAAGAAAUUUCCCCAUUAUCACAAAAAAUAAAAGAGAAUCGAUUGUCUGAAUCUAUAUCCUUCACUAAUAAAUGUAGUCAUCAAAUAAAAGAGCGAAAUUUAGAGGAAAUUUUAAUAAAAGCAUUACAUAAUAAAUAAAUAGCAAAAUGUCUUUAAUGCAAUAAAAAUAUUAGCAAUAGUUUAUGUAGAUAGAUAAAAAUUUAUGGUGUUUAAUAUAUUGAGAUGAAGAAUUAAUUAGAUUUUUAAAACUUAAUUCUAUGUAUUCAAAAAUAAGAUAAAAAUCUAAAGUUAGUUGAAUGUUCUAAUUACCGUUGUGAUUUUGUAUGUAUUUGGUAAUAAAAAUUGCCAAAUUAAUAGCCGAAAGGGUUUUGCAUUAAUUGUCUUCAAUAUAGUGUGGAAUAUCCUCCAUAUAAAAGUAAAUCAUUUGCUGCUCUAUUAUCAAAAAAAGGAAUUAAAUGA